CCCCCCUCCUGCUCCUGACAAUGGUCUGAGCCGAGCUCUGCUUCUCAAAGCAAAAUUUGUAAUAUGCCAUUUUUCCUAUGGAUGCUUCUCCUCUUGGCUGCUGACGAAGUGACCGAAGAAAAUGCCGAGGUGCCAAGCAGCCAGUCUUGCCGGAGGACGAGUGCGAGGGCUUGGGGUUUCUCGGAGCAACGCCUGUGUCACCAUUGCUAGGAAGAUGCUCCAGGAGUGCUCGGCUGUGUGAGUCCCCGCUCGAAGCCGGUGGAGACUGCGGUUGUUAUUGAUCAAGUGAAAUAGCAGACGCCGAAAUAAAAGCCACUAGAGAUGAUGUGCGAGGUGAUGCCCACGAUAAACGAGGACACCCCGAUGAGUCAACGGGGGUCCCAAAGCAGCGGCUCGGACUCAGAUUCUCACUUUGAGCAGCUGAUGGUGAACAUGCUGGAUGAAAGGGACCGUCUCCUUGACACUCUUCGGGAGACACAGGAAAGCUUGUCACUUGCACAGCAACGCCUACAGGAUGUCAUCUAUGACAGAGACUCCCUCCAGCGACAGCUUAACUCAGCACUGCCUCAGAUGACCGUUGCUGCUGGUACGAGCAUUGAGAAUAACAUUCAAAGGACCAUAUCCUGCCCUAAUGAAUUUGCUGCACUGACAAAAGAAUUAAACACAUGUAGGGAACAGCUGCUUGAAAAGGAGGAGGAGAUUUCAGAACUGAAAGCUGAAAGAAACAACACAAGACUGUUACUGGAGCAUUUGGAGUGCCUUGUCUCAAGACACGAAAGGUCACUGAGGAUGACAGUGGUGAAACGGCAAGCACAGUCUCCUUCAGGAGUUUCCAGUGAAGUUGAGGUCCUCAAAGCUCUGAAAUCGCUGUUUGAGCACCAUAAGGCUUUGGAUGAAAAGGUAAGGGAGCGACUGAGGGUUUCUUUAGAAAGAGUCUCUGCACUGGAAGAAGAACUAGCUGCUGCUAACCAGGAGAUUGUAGCUUUGCGUGAACAAAAUGCACACAUUCAAAGGAAAAUUGCAGCUGGUGAAGGGCCUGCUGAAUCAGAGCAUAUUGAAGGAAUGGAGCCAGGGCAAAAGGUUCAUGAAAAGCGCUUAUCAAAUGGCUCCAUAGACUCAAAUGAUGAAGCCAGUCAAGUUGUUGAACUCCAGGAGCUACUUGAAAAGCAGAACUAUGAAAUGGCACAAAUGAAGGAGCGUUUGGCUGCACUGUCUUCCCGGGUGGGAGAGGUAGAGCAAGAAGCAGAGACUGCCAGGAAGGAGCUCAUUAAAACAGAAGAAAUGAACACUAAAUAUCAGAGAGACAUUAGAGAGGCAAUGGCACAAAAGGAAGAUAUGGAAGAAAGAAUCACUACGCUGGAGAAGCGCUACCUCAGUGCACAGAGAGAAUCCACCUCAAUACACGACAUGAAUGACAAGCUGGAAAAUGAACUGGCAAACAAGGAAGCCAUCCUACGUCAGCUGGAAGACAAAAACAGACAGCUGCAAGAGCGUCUAGAGCUGGCUGAGCAGAAGCUGCAGCAGACAAUGAGGAAGGCAGAAACCUUACCUGAAGUGGAGGCUGAACUGGCUCAGAGAAUUGCAGCUCUGACUAAGUCUGAUCCAACCUCUUCUACCUCAUCUGAUGAUUAUCAAUAUAUUAUGGAAGCUAAACUACAAGAAAUGAUCUCCAUACGUAGGAAGGCAGAAGAAAGACAUGGAAACAUUGAAGAACGUAUGAGACACUUAGAAGCUCAGCUUGAAGAGAAGAAUCAGGAACUUCAAAGGGCAAGGCAAAGAGAAAAAAUGAAUGAGGAGCAUAACAAAAGAUUAUCGGAUACUGUAGACAGACUUUUGACAGAAUCCAAUGAGCGUCUGCAGCUACACUUAAAAGAGAGAAUGGCAGCACUUGAAGAAAAGAAUGUUUUGAUUCAGGAAUCUGAAAGUUUCCGGAAAAAUCUGGAAGAAUCUUUACAUGACAAGGAAAGACUUGCAGAAGAAAUUGAGAAACUGAGAUCCGAACUGGAUCAAAUGAAAUUGAGGGCUGGUUCUUUAAUUGAACCCACAUUGUCAAGGCCUCACCUUGACUCAUCAACAGAGUUGAGGUAUUCUGUGGGCUCACUGGUUGAUAGCCAGUCUGACUAUCGGUCAACUAAAGUGAUAAGGCGACCUAGGAGGGGACGGAUGGGAGUACGCAGAGAUGAACCAAAGGUAAAAUCACUUGGAGAUCAUGAGUGGAAUAGGACACAGCAGAUUGGCGUUUUGAGCAGCCAUCCAUUUGAAAGUGACACUGAAAUGUCUGACAUUGAUGAUGAUGAUAGAGAAACACUUUUCAGCUCCAUGGACCUCCUGUCACCAAGUGGCCAUUCUGAUGCCCAGACUCUGGCCAUGAUGCUUCAGGAACAGCUAGAUGCAAUCAAUAAAGAAAUCAGGUUAAUCCAAGAAGAAAAAGAGUCAACAGAACUGCGUGCUGAAGAGAUAGAGAAUAGAGUGGCCAGCGUGAGUCUGGAAGGCUUAAACCUAGCCAGAGUCCACCAAGGUACAUCCAUUACUGGCUCAGUGACGGCAUCAUCACUUGCAAGCUCAUCUCCUCCCAGUGGACACUCAACUCCUAAACUCACACCUCGCAGUCCAGCCAGGGAGAUGGAUAGAAUGGGGGUAAUGACACUGCCAAGCGAUCUAAGGAAACAUCGGAGAAAGAUUGCAGUAGUUGAAGAAGAUGGGCGUGAAGAUAAAGCCACAAUCAAAUGUGAAACUUCUCCUCCUCCAACACCCAGAGCUAUUAGAAUGACACAUACCCUUCCUUCUUCGUACCACAAUGAUGCCAGAAGUAGUUUGUCUGCUUCAUUGGAGCCGGAAAGCAUUGGUCUUGGCAGUGUCAAUAGCAGUCAGGACUCCCUGCACAAAGCUCCCAAGAAGAAAGGAAUCAAGUCCUCAAUAGGACGCUUGUUUGGUAAAAAAGAGAAGGCUCGACUUGGACAGCUGAGAGGCUAUAUGGAAACAGAAGCAGCAGCACAAGAAUCUCUGGGAUUGGGCAAACUUGGAACCCAAGCAGAAAAAGACCGAAGACUAAAGAAAAAACACGAACUUCUGGAAGAAGCUCGGAGAAAGGGCUUGCCUUUCGCCCAAUGGGACGGGCCAACAGUGGUUGCCUGGCUGGAGCUCUGGCUAGGAAUGCCAGCUUGGUAUGUUGCUGCCUGCCGUGCCAAUGUGAAGAGUGGAGCUAUUAUGUCUGCUUUGUCCGAUACCGAGAUUCAAAGAGAAAUUGGAAUCAGCAAUCCUCUUCAUCGCUUAAAACUCCGAUUAGCAAUCCAGGAGAUGGUAUCACUCACAAGUCCAUCAGCACCUCCAACAUCCAGAACACCCUCAGGCAAUGUUUGGGUGACCCAUGAAGAAAUGGAAAAUCUUGCUGCUCCAGCUAAAACGAAAGAGUCUGAAGAAGGCAGCUGGGCUCAGACACUGGCGUAUGGUGAUAUGAACCACGAAUGGAUAGGUAACGAAUGGCUCCCCAGUCUUGGUUUACCUCAGUACCGCAGUUAUUUUAUGGAGUGCCUGGUCGAUGCAAGGAUGUUAGACCAUCUGACGAAGAAAGAUCUGCGUGUGCACUUAAAAAUGGUGGACAGCUUUCAUCGAACAAGCUUGCAAUAUGGAAUCAUGUGUUUAAAGAGGUUGAAUUAUGAUAGAAAAGAACUGGAAAAGCGAAGAGAAAUGAGUCAGCAUGAAAUAAAAGAUGUGCUGGUGUGGAGCAAUGAUCGAGUCAUACGCUGGAUACAAGCUAUUGGCCUGCGAGAAUAUGCAAAUAAUAUUCUAGAAAGUGGUGUACAUGGUUCACUUAUAGCACUGGAUGAAAACUUUGAUUACAGCAGUUUAGCUUUACUAUUACAGAUUCCAACACAAAACACGCAGGCACGUCAGAUCCUUGAGAGAGAAUACAACAACCUUUUAGCACUAGGAACUGAAAGACGACUUGAGGAAAGCGACGACAAGAACUUCAGACGUGGUCCCUCCUGGCGACGACAGUUCCCUCCACGUGAGGUCCACGGCAUCAGCAUGAUGCCCGGCUCCUCCGAAACGCUGCCAGCCGGGUUCAGACUAACCACGACAUCGGGGCAGUCUCGGAAAAUGGCAACUGACGUUGCUUCAUCACGACUGCAGAGGUUAGACAGCUCAACAGUUCGCACAUACUCAUGCUGACAAGGCCUAGCAAAGAAGCCAGCACUGAAUUGUUUUACUCAGAGGAGUUGGAAAGUGCUUUUGGACAGCACCAAAGCCCCACAUUGAACAUGCUUUGAUAGCUGUUGCAUGUUAUAGACAAGACAUGCCAGGAUCUGCAAGAAAGGAAUUGCUGUUCCUAGUUUUUACCCAACAAAGUCCAUUUUUAGAUCUUCAGUCUGGAGAGGCUUGGGACCAUCAUGAUUUUACUAAUUCUGGGCAUAUUCAAAGACCAUUAAUGAACAGCAAACGUUACCAUUGCGAAAUGUAGAUUGCUCAGGAAUUCUGCUGAUGGCAUCAGCCUUACUUCAUAGAUCUCAGAAGACUGCAGGUGUAUAAAAUUGUCAUGUAGUUACAAAAAGAAACUUCAAGCCACCACUAAAAAAUAUGCAUAGAUUUUUUUUUUUUUCUAAAAUAGGCAAGCUGGUCCUACAAAGCUGAUGAUGGAGCACAAACUAUAUCAAUCUUUUUUAAAUAUAUGUGUGUAUAGAUUAGGGCUUACUUUAUGUUAUGUCAAUAAAGUCAAUGACAAUACUCCCAAUGAGUUUGGUGGAGGCAGAAACUGAUAGCAGAGAUGUGCAUCUUUUCUCCUAUAUGCUUCAGACUUGGAAUGUUGAAAGCAACGACGAAGAAAGUAAGUUCGAAUGCUGAGCAAUCUAAUAGGCCAAAUAUAGGCCAGGCACGUAAGACAAUAUUUUCCAACAGGUCUGAAUAGUGCAACAAGGGCAGAUAUUGAAAAUGUAUGUAUUACUAAAAAUUAACUUACAGUUUUCUAAGGUGUUUAUUCUUCAGUAAUUGUCUAAAAUAGUAAUCUAAAAACCAAAGUAAAGUGGUGAAACUUUGUUGGCACUGUAUGCAUAUUGGAGUUAGGUAUUUUGAGCAAAAAGAUGUUUACAAAGUUAUACAAGCUACACAAAUUAUCUUCAAAUUCUAUAGGAGCAGAUCAAGUAUUUCAAGUGUUCCAAGUAUCAGUGAUAUAUGUAUCACAUCGGAGCUUGUAGCUUGGCCACUGUGCUGAUUACAUACUGAUCUUAAACACUUGAGAGUUCUAUCAGAAUUUAGAGCUAAUUUAGAUAUAAAUUAUAAAGAUUGAUAUAUGAGGAUGACUGAAAGGAAUGUACUGCUAUUUCUUUUAAACUACCUUAAAGUCCUUUUAGAGAAGCGACAAGAUGGUGUCAACUAGAACUUUAGUACAUUCACUGUUUAUCAGUGCAAUUUCCAAGAUAUCACCCAGGUUGGAUACCAAGUUAAAAUAGUUUGGAAUUUCAGUAAAUUAUAUAAAAAUUAUACAGGGAAAAUAUUUCCUUCAUUAUUAUAUCAGACAUUAAAACUUAAACCAAUGACCUGAAUUUAUUUGAAGUUGUUGAAGGACCACAGAAGUCUUUUCAGAAUUUGCAAUCACAUUUCCUGAGCAACAGUUUCUUCAGGGAAAGAACUGAUUGAUACUUGUAGAAAAGAGAUUAUUCAUUAUAACAUCUCCUGAAAUUUUUCAGAUCCAGGUCAGACUGAGACACAGGUUUGCAACACCUUGCCUAAAAUACAUAAGUAGUCCUGUUACUACUGUGAUUAAAGUAUUUGCAUGUGGGACUGAUUCUAAGCAGGCAGCAGAGGAGAAGGCUAGUUUGGUGAGCUGUUGUUGCACGAUAGCAAUAUAAGAGAAUUCUUAGAAUAGUAAAAAAAACAUUAUGCGUGUGUAGAGCAGACUAAAAAGAGAGCUGCAAAUGGGUUGCAUGUGAAACAAUGAGAUGGUCUGUGAUGACAGGCUGCAGAAUUCUUGUACUUUGCUACUCACAUUUCUUACAGAAAAUGUCAAAGCCUCAUAUUUCAAAAUAGCUUAUUCCAACAAUACCAACCAGGUACAAUCUUACAGUGUCUCUGGAUGUUUCUUCACAACAACUGGAUUCAAUCCACAUGCUUUCAGGUCAUAUUUCAGGUAUUUUUUAAACAUCUGUUGAAACCACCCUGAUGAGUUUACAUAAAACAUGAACUGACAUUUUCAGAACAGUUAUGUGAACAUAGUCCACACGGCCCAGUUUGAGUAUACUCUCAAGAUCAUAAAUAUAAGAACAUUCAAUAUCACUGUUGCCUAGCCAUUUAAUCUUGCAAAGAAGUUUAAGAUAGUGCACAUGGGAUGGUACAGCUUUCUGCUGUGGUGGCUGUAUGUUUUCCCUGAACUUCUGUCUUGUGAAAUACUUGUCACCACCACAUCAGAAGGCUCAGCCACGACAGUUUCAUUGCCACAGGCUGGUGCAAUAGCACAUGCCACAGUUUCAUAUUUCUUCUAAUGAAACAUCAAGGGGGAUUUGGUAAAUCAACUGUGUACUUCAUCAAUGAAGGAUUCCAAAGAGGAUUUGUAAAGACAUGGGGAAGAAGUGCUUCAGAAAGAUGUGAAUGGUAAUCUGGAAACAGCUGGUCCACGGCAAAGAAAUCAUCAGGGUAAAAAAGGUAAAUGCUGUCAAGCUGUAGUGAACAAGGACAAUCACAGCGUACAUCAAUAGUCUAUACACUUAAAAUGUGUGUUCGACCUUGUGUCGAAGAGGCAAAGGUCUAAAGAUGCAGGAAACUCUAACCACCAAUACAGAAUCAAAACAUAAAGAAAACAGCUGUAAAAUGAACAUAUACUAGAGUUUUUGACCAAGAAUUAGUAUACAUUACUAAAAGAUCAAAAUGCAUAAUUGAUUUAUAUUAUAGAUCUAAAAUAAAAGAACAAAUACAUGUCUCCCUCAGAUGCUCAGUUUUCAGGAAAACGUGCAACAGCUUAUUUAGUGCUAUAAUAUUUCUAGUGUCCUUGCAUCCUGGAUCCAAUUACAAUGAAAAAAGCCUUACUAAUUAAUGUUUAUUUUUUCCUUUAGAUGUCAUCUCUUUCUUCUACUUUACCUGAAGUGCACUACCACUACUUAUGAAAAAGAGCAUUAAAACUCUCUGCAAGAACAGGGUGAUAGGGAAGAGAACACAAAAGGUUUAUCAGACAAACAGAUCUGAUGUUCCUUUCAUGUAUUGGUUAAUUCAAAAUAAGAAUAAAAAUUUUUAAAACUAAAUUGCUUAAAAAAAAAAAGACAAAACAACUUCCCCCUUUCCUCCCAGCAUCUCCGUCAUCAGAAAUUUGGCAGUAGUGCACAUCCAAAGCUUUUAUCAAAUGAAGCCACUCAUUUUUACAUUGUUUCAUCUGUUUUAUUGUAAAAUACUAGACAUUUACGUAUUUACUGUGUAUGUAUUUCUUUUAAAAAUGUGUAAGUCUUAUGUAAAUGGAUAUAAAUAUGAUUUUUUAAAAAUAAAAUCUAUGGUACAUGGGGUCUCAGUGCAAACAUUUGACAAUGCAGUGUCAAUAAUACUGUUUGUAACUUUCCAUUCCACCAUUUUUACAGUUUUUGGAUUGUAACAGUCAAAUGAAUAUGUUUAGCAGAGUUAGAAGCUUCAACAUGUUCCUACUGUAAAAUCUGUCAGUAUUUAAAGCUGAACACCUGCCUCUGAUGAUGUAUAAUAGAAUGACAUAACCUGGAACUGGAGCCAAAAAUGGACCUUUAAAGACAAAAUGGAAGUGUUAGAUAUAUAUAGAGAAGCACCAUGAUGGCUCACCUCUUAAAAUCACACAAAUAAACCCAGAACUGUUUACAAAAAAAAAAAAAAAAAAAAAAAGGGCAAAAAAAAUGCAAUUUAAUAAAACAGGAUUUAUACAAAAAAACAAAACAAAACAAAAACUU